UGUUUUUUUCCUUGGGUUGGACUAUGCACACUUUGCUCUAGAGUAGCUUUCUUCAACCCAAAGUAAAUAAAAAGCAAAUAAAUAAAUAAACAAAGAAAAAGUAAUAAAAGGAAAAAAAACAGGGGGAAAAAGGAAAUGCAUAGCAAUCAGGGAGUCCUUUGAACAGCAUCCUUAUCCUUUGCUCAAAAAAAAGACUCGCAGUGUUAACUUUUUCUCCUAGAAAGAUAAAGGUUUCACUGAUCUUGGCAUGAAUAAUAUAUAAUUCUUUAUUAUGUGCUUAAAAAUUUAAUUGGUGUCAUGUGGCUUGCAGGUCAAUAUUGUAUGCCAGAGGAAGGUGUUGAGUUGACACCAAAUACAGAGCUGUUAAAUACACAAGAAAUUAUAACGUUGGCAAGACUGUUUGUCAAGGAGGGUGUUAAGAAAAUCAGACUCACUGGAGGUGAACCAUUGGUGCGAAAAGACAUUGUAGAGCUUUGUGGUAAGAUAUUUAUUAUUUUUAUGUUGUGUGACCAGGCUGUAGAUGUGCGGUUUAUAGAAUACAUGCCGUUUGAUGGGAACAAAUGGAACUUCAACAAAUUUGUUCCAUACACUGAAUUGCUAGAAAGUAUCUCUGCAAGAUGGCCCGAUGUAGAGAGGAUGUCAGACCAGCCUAAUGAUACUUCAAAGGCAUACAAGGUUCCAGGUUUUACAGGUCAAGUUGGUUUUAUCACAUCUAUGAGUGAACACUUUUGUGGAAGCUGUAACAGGCUUCGCAUCACAGCAGAUGGCAACUUAAAGGUGUGUCUGUUUGGUAAUUCUGAAGUAUCAUUACGAGAUUCUCUGAGAGCAGGAACCAGUGAGGACGAGCUGUUAGAAAUCAUAGGUGCUGCAGUGGGAAGGAAGAAGAAACAGCAUGCAGGAAUGUUCAACAUUGCUAAACAAAAGAAUCGUCCCAUGAUUUUGAUUGGUGGAUGAAGGAAAUGCAGGAACACUGUCUUACUGGAUUACCAAUGUCUAUCUUUUUCCACAUUGUCCCAUGAGCUUGAAGACAAGUUGAUGAUCUUUGGAUGGAGUAGUACUUAUUUCCACAAAUGUAUAAUGUUUAAACUAGCCCACAUGGAGACAUCUCCCAUUUCUGUUGCUUUCCUUCUUUUCUGCAAAGCAAGGAAAUGGAGACAUCUGUUUACAUGAUGGUGUUAAUGAAAAGCCAAUUUGGAAAACCAUUAUAAUUAAAUCAAACAAUUUUUUUUUUUUUUUCAGCAACACUGUCCUUGUUGAUCAAGCAAAUUUCUCAUGAUUUCCAUUAAAAAAUGGGUGAUAAUAAUUAUAUCAGUUUAUUACUGUCAAUAUUUUAGAGAUUUAUGGAAAAAUGGGACAGAGGACAUAAUGCUAGUUAUAUAUCUUACGAGUGACAAAAAUUAAUAUUGUACAUGUAGGUAAAACUAGUUGGCUCAUUUAGUCACUGUAAAUAGUAGGAUGUCAAUGAAUGUAAAAUUAGAACUUUGUCAGUGAGACAAACAAAAUGUUACAAGAAUAUUGAAAAAAAAUGAAUGUACGGACAUAUUAUAACAAAGGAUUUUUUACUUUUGUACAAAAAAAAUUGACUUUAAUUUUUUUGCAAGUGGAAGUAUUUUUACUGUAAUACAAAUGUCUUUACACACAUACAUGUAUAGGUUAUAUAUGUUAAUCGCUCAUCGUCAUACAGCCAACGUACUUCUUAAAACCAACGUGAAAACAUGAAAAUUAUAAUAUAUAAAAGAUUCAGUAGGGAGAAAUUAAAAUUUGAAGUAAUGAGGUUGAA